AUGAGCAACGGGGUCACACAUGGCUGCAAGCGGCGUAAGGAGAGUCAUCAGUCUUUGUCCCUACCGCUCAUCAUCAGUUCUAGUCCCCGGCCCACCACCAGCAACUCUCAUCCCAUCGUCCGCAGAGACAGUAACUCCCUCCAGGCCAGGUAUCCAGUUGCGGAUUACACUGACGGUGCCUGCGAAACGUCACCGGUAGCAGCGACUGAUCGCUGGGACGCCGAACCGAUCCCGGGUGUAGAUCAACUCCUGAAGACCUUCGACUUUGACGCGGUGGAAGAUGCCGGACUUCCCGCGCCUCACCUGCCACCCCUCUCCCUCUAUACCUCGCUCAGCGAGUUUGACCCGCAUUCACGUCUUCCUGGGGAACAAAAGUGA